AUGGGUUCUUCAGUGUUAUAUAAGCCUUUGCUAUUUGGCAUGUCUAGUGAAAAACAAGAGUCCUUUUUAAAGAUGAGUAUUCUGACUACUGCAGCAAUACUGUCUUUUGCUACAAGACUGUUUUCUGUACUUCGAUUUGAAAGUGUUAUCCAUGAAUUUGAUCCUUACUUCAACUAUCGUACUACACAAUAUCUUGCAGAAGAAGGAUUUUAUAAGUUUCAUAAUUGGUUUGAUGAUCGGGCAUGGUAUCCUUUGGGUAGAAUUAUUGGAGGUACAAUUUAUCCAGGUUUAAUGAUAACAUCAACUGUCAUAUACAACAUUCUUCACUUUAUUAAUAUAACUUUGGAGAUAAGGAACAUAUGUGUAUUUUUAGCACCUUUAUUUUCUAGUUUUACUACUUUAAUUACAUUCCUUUUAACCAAAGAGUUAAAAGAUACUCGUUCAGGACUUAUAGCAGCUGCUAUGAUAUCAAUUGUUCCUGGAUAUAUAUCUCGGUCGGUUGCUGGAUCUUAUGAUAAUGAAGCUAUUGCUAUUUUUUGUAUGCUUUUGACUUAUUAUGCAUGGAUCAAAUCCGUAAAAACUGGUAGUAUACUAUGGUCAGCAUUUACUGCACUUGCAUAUUUUUAUAUGGUAUCAUCUUGGGGUGGUUAUGUAUUUUUGAUUAAUUUAAUACCAAUGCAUGUAUUUGUUUUGAUGGUUACUGGACGUUUUUCUCAUAGAAUUUAUGUAGCAUACAGUACUCUAUACUGUAUUGGUACCAUAUUAUCAAUGCAAAUAUCAUUUGUUGGUUUCCAACCAGUGCAAACUUCAGAACAUAUGAUGGCUUUAGGUGUAUUUGGACUUUGUCAAAUACUUGGUGGAAUAAAUUAUUUGAAAACAAAGAUUAUUGGUGAUGAUUUUCAAACAUUAUUCCAAUUUAUUAUAUAUCUUAUUGGAGGUGUUGUAAUAGCUGUUGGUACCUUACUCACAAUAUCUGGAAAAAUUGCUCCUUGGACUGGUCGUUUCUACACUUUGUUGGAUCCAUCUUAUGCUAAAAAUCAUAUACCAAUCAUUGCAUCUGUUUCUGAACAUCAACCUACAUCUUGGUCUUCGUUCUAUUUUGAUUUACACAUACAAGUGUUCCUGUUUCCAGUUGGUUUAUAUUUUUGUUUCUCAAAACUUACUGAUGCUAAUAUUUUUGUGAUUCUUUAUGGAGUUACUAGUAUUUAUUUCGCUGGUGUAAUGGUACGUUUAAUGUUAGUACUUGCACCAGUUAUGUGUAUUUUAUCUGGUAUUGGUGCUUCUUCUAUGUUAUCAACUUACAUGGAACAAUAUAUAGAAGGUUCUUCAAAAGUACCAGAAAAAAAAUUAAAGAAAAAUGAAAGUAGUAAAUCAAUGAAGAGUGAAAUUGCUACUGCAUUUGUAACAAUGUUAACAUUUAUGCUGGUGUCUUAUGUUUUCCAUUGUACUUGGGUUACUUCUGAGGCGUAUAGUUCACCUAGUAUUGUGUUAUCUGCUCGCUCUCAUGAUGGAUCUCAAGUUAUAUUUGAUGAUUUUAGAGAAGCAUAUUAUUGGCUACGUAUGAAUACAGCUGAAGAUGCUCGAGUUAUGUCAUGGUGGGAUUAUGGUUAUCAAAUUACAGCUAUGGCCAAUAGAACAAUUUUAGUAGAUAAUAAUACUUGGAAUAAUACUCAUAUUUCUAGAGUUGGCCAAGCUAUGUCAUCAGGUGAGGAUGAAGCUUAUGAGAUAAUGAGAGAACUAGAUGUUGAUUAUGUGCUUGUAAUUUUUGGCGGUGUCGUCGGUUACUCAUCAGAUGACAUAAAUAAAUUUUUAUGGAUGGUACGUAUUGGAGGAUCGACAGAUAAAGGUAAACACAUCAAAGAAUCAGACUAUUACUCGCCAAGUGGAGAAUUCCGUGUAGACAAAGAAGGUUCAAAAAAAUUAAAAAAUUCAUUGAUGUACAAAAUGUGCUAUUAUAGAUUUGGUCAAGUUUUUUCUGAAGGAGGUAAACCAGCUGGUUAUGAUCGAGUUCGAAAUGCAGAAAUAGGAGUAAAAAAUGUUACUUUACAUGUAUUAGAUGAAGCAUAUACAACUGAACAUUGGCUUGUUCGUAUUUACAGGGUAAAAGACUAUGAUAAUCGAGGGGGUAAAAUGAAGCCAAACAAAAUGUCAACUUACUAUGAACAAUGA